AUGAGUGCACCCCUUGUCGGAAGACUUGAUGCCUUCGAUGAAAACGUCGAGAGCUGGACCUCGUACGUUGAACGUGUAGAGGAGUAUUUUGUCCUCAACAAUCUUCAAGAAGACAAGAAAGUGGCAGCGCUUAUAACCAGCAUGGGAGCGAAAACAUAUAACACUCUCCGCAAAUUGACAUGCCCAAAGAAGCCCUCGGAGUUAAAGUUCAACGAGAUCAAAAAGUACCUCACGGACUAUUUCUCUCCGACGCCGUUGGAAAUGUCAGAGCGGCAUCGUUUCUACAAUCGUGUUCAAGGACAGUCCGAAUCAGCACGUGAGUUUUUGGCUGAGUUACGUAAACUCUCCGAACAUUGCAAUUUUGGCACAUUCCUUGACGAAGCCCUUAGAGACAAAUUUGUCUGUGGCCUGCGAAGCACCUCUGUUCAACAGCGCAUGCUCACCAUGAAGGAUUUGACCUUGACAAAGGCGCUUCAAGAAGCGGUGUCAUGUGAGCUCGCAGCCAAAGGUGUGGAGGAACUACAUACCAAAAGAGAAAGCAUAAACGGAGCCGCGUCUAGUGUUUCGAAAGUUCGAGACGAGGAAAAGUGCUUCCGCUGCAACAAGAAGGGUCAUGUUCCUUCCAAAUGCCGAUACCUCGACGCUGUAUGCCUCCACUGCAACAAGAAGGGUCAUAUACGUCCCGCCUGCAGAAAUCUUGCAGCAAACAAGUCGUCCACUGAAGCUAAAACGAAGCAAACAAAAAAGAAGGACACUACAAAUGCUUCAAAGGCUGAAAAUGUUGGAACCAUUCGCCAGGAUGUGGACUCAGAGCUACUUGCGCAUGUCACUGGUGGUGGAUGUGAGCCCAUUUGGUUAAAACCAGAAAUUGAGGGUCAUGUAAUUCCAAUGGAAAUGGACACAGGGUCAAAGUAUACUAUUGUACCCCAAGUUGUCUACUCGAAGCAUUUCAGCCACAUUCCACUGGAACCUACCUCCAUGAAAUUUCGAACUGUGACAAGUGAAUGCUUCGUACCUGACGGCGUAGCCACAGUUCAAGUAAAAUUUCGAGAGAAAUGUUCAAGGCUCCAACUCUAUGUUGCAAGAACCCCAGGACCAGCACUGUUUGGCCGACAGUGGAUUCAAGAAUUCAAGUUGCUUGAAGAAACAAAUGGAAUCUUCAAGACGUCGACUGCAACGAAAGCUUCUCAAGAAGAAGUCAAAAAUAAGCUGAACCAGAUUCUAGAAACUCACAAGGUCGUAUUUGAAGACUCCAUCGGGAAGUUGAAUGGAAUCAAGGCAACCUUAAACCUGAAGGAAAAUGUUCAGCCCAAGUUCCUUCGUGCUCGUCAAGUUCCAUACGCACUCAAGGAAAAAGUCUUUGCCGAAUUGGACAGACUAGAAUCGGAAGGUAUUCUGACCAAAGUCAAUGUCAGUGAAUGGGCUACUCCCAUAGUUCCUGUAGUAAAACCCAAUGGGACAGUCAGGAUAUGUGGAGAUUUCAAGAGCACCAUCAAUCAACGCUUAGUCGUGGAUCAGUAUCCUCUACCACUGGUUGAGGACAUUUUCGCGAAGUUAUCUGGUGGUCAGAAAUAUACAAAAAUUGACCUCCGGCAAGCAUUCCUUCAAAUGGAAGUGGAUGAGAAGUCCAAGCAUUUGCUAACUAUCAAUACAGAAAAGGGACUCUUCCGGUAUAACAGGAUGGUGUUUGGCAUUGCUCCCGCACCUGCGAUCUGGCAACGCACCAUCGAACAAGUUCUACAGGGUGUUCCUAUGACACAUGCAACGCAAGACGACAUAUUAGUGAGUGGUACUACUGAAGAGGAUCAUCUCGAAAAUCUUUCGAAAGUCCUCAAGCGCCUGGAAUCGUUUGGACUAAAAGCAAACCUGCAGAAGUGCUCCUUCUUCCAGGACAGCAUUGUGUACUGCGGAUACAAGAUCAGCAGCGAAGGUUUACACAAGACCCAAGACAAGAUCCGUGCUGUACUUGAAGCUCCAGCACCGCAAAACGUCAGCCAGCUGCGUUCCUUUCUUGGGCUAAUCAACUACUACGGAAAAUUUAUUCCGGACAGCGCAAAUCUUUUGCGACCUUUGCACGCACUUUUGGAAAAAUCUGCAAAGUGGAAGUGGACAAAAGACUGCAAGGUAGCCUUCCAAAAAGCUAAAGAAAUUAUUGCGUCUGACACAGUCCUUGUCCACUACAAUCCGCAGCUACCACUCCGUCUCGCUUGUGAUGCCGGGCCACAUGGUCUCGGCGUAGUUCUCUCUCACGAAAUGCCUGAUGGGACGGAAAGGCCAAUCGCAUUUUCCUCGAGAACCCUCAAAACGGCAGAAAAGAACUACUCACAAAUUGACAAAGAGGCCCUAGCCAUUAUCUGGGGAGUACAGAAGUUCUACGCUUAUUUAUAUGGCAGGCAUUUCAGGCUUAUAACGGACCACCAACCGUUGACGCAGAUCUUCUCGCCAAUGAAGGGUAUACCUGCAAUGCAAGCAGCACGUCUCCAACGCUAUGCUCUCUUUCUCUCCGGCAUGGACUACGACAUAGUGUAUAAGAGGUCAGAAGACAACGGCAAUGCUGACAGUUUGUCACGGUUACCUCUACCGGAUGUUCCACCGGAGGGCCCAGAUGAAGCUGAGCUUUACCAUUUAAGCCAAUUUGAGCAACUUCCUGUUACUCAUUCAACACUGCGAGACGCAACCCGACGAGAUGUUAUUCUGUCGAAGAUAUAUUGGAAUGUCAUGAAUGGCUGGGACAGUUCUAACUUGGACGAAGAUCUUGUGCCUUACAUCCGACGCAAAGAUGAACUAUCUGUGCAACAAGGAGUUCUAACAUGGGGCACUCGCACCGUCAUUCCCGCGAAACUCGUACAGUCAAUUCUUGACGAGCUUCACCGUGGUCACAUGGGAAUCGUUAAAAUGAAAGCUUUGGCACGAUCCUACGUAUGGUGGCCAAACAUCGAUCGUGACAUCGAAGCUGUUGCAAGGAAUUGCGAAGGUUGUCUGAAGAACCAAAAUGAGCCACCUAAGGCUCCAUAUCAUCCGUGGGAAAUUCCUAACGGACCAUGGAAACGAGUCCAUUUGGACUUCGCCGGGCCAUUCCAAGACAAAAUGUUCCUGGUAGUUGUGGACGCCUUCUCCAAAUGGCCUGAAGUAAUCGUCAUGAGCUCUACUACUGCUUCUUACACUGUAGAUGUCCUACGGACGAUCUUUGCCAGAAACGGCAUACCCGAACGUAUCGUCACUGACAAUGGACCACAGUUCACAUCAAGCGUGUUCAUGGAGUUCAUGAGGAACAAUAGAAUUCAACAUUCCUUGACAGCACCAUACCACCCAGCAACCAAUGGACUUGCUGAGCGUUUUGUCCAGACACUCAAAUCAAGCCUGAAAUCUAUGCAGGGGGAAGGGAGUAUCCACGAGAAUCUCGCAAAGUUCCUUAUUGCAUAUCGCACUUGCCCCCACACAACGACUGGAGAAACUCCGUCUAAACUCUUCCUGGGACGCGAAAUUCGCACCCGCCUGUCGCUUAUCAGGACAAGUGUUCAAGACAGUAUACGAGACAAGCAAGAUAAAUUGUUCAAGCGGAACCAUGGAAGAGAACGUUACUUUGAACCGGGACAACAUGUUUCUGUUCGUGACUACAGAGGAACCGAUAAGUGGACCACUGGUCUUGUCCUCAGACGCCACGGACCAUUGUCCUAUGAAGUAAAGGUUGGUGACAAAGUCUGGCGCCGGCACAUCGACCAGCUGAAACCGGGUGCCUGCGAACGUCAAAACGCUCGAGAAGAAAACCGCAGACCAACUUCAAAUGACUCUGUUGCUCCAGAGCCCAUGGUAGCGGAUCGACCACACCAACCAGAAGCAGAAGAUACUCCUCCGAGCGAGUUGCACACGACUCCUGAGAAUGUGCACGCUCCGAAUACAGCAGUCCCUGAUCUAGGAAAUGGGAAUGCACAAGUCGCAAAGACGCCCCGUCCCCAACGAAAAAGAAGACCUCCGGAAAGGCUGAUUGUGGGACUGGACUAA